GUGUCUGCACGAUAAAGGGAGCAACAAAUAAAAUUACAAAAUUGUGAUCGUCGUGUGAACUCUGGUGUCGCAGCUCUCCAUGCUCUUCACUCCGUGUUGUUUAGCUGAUUUAAGGCCUGAGCCAGCCAUAAUAACAGCAAGAUAUCCAAGUUUUGCUCGUACUGGACCUGUCAUCAGCAGCAAGAAUCUCAGUAUCAUCACUCGGAUAAACAGCAUCCCGUUUGAUUGCAGAAACUUCCGAUGAUCGAGUUACGGACCUCUUUUUCCCCUUUCUAAAAAUGUUCUCGUGUACACCCAUCUGAGUGAGACGCCCUUUUUCUGUCCUGCCUGGUGUAACAUUCAACUCUUCUGUGGAUGGAUGCCUGGCCGUAUUUCCCAGGCUUAAAGAUUUGUAGCUGCUAUACAUUAAACAUGAACAAUUCACGCCAGUUUGGGGGUAGUCCGUAUAGCAACAAUAACUCGGAAAUUAUGUGCCGGAUUUGUCAUGAGGGAGAGAGCAAAGAAGAACUCUUUUCUUUCUGCAAAUGCUCUGGAACUGUUGCUAUGGCUCACAGGUCUUGUCUAGAGAAAUGGCUGUCAACUGCCAACUCGUCAGCUUGUGAAAUAUGUAAAUUCAAUUUUCAAACCUCACGAAGGCCAAGACCCAUCCUUGAUUGGUUUCGUAACACAGAGUCAUCUCAAGACACAAAUAAUUUGAUUGGAGACUUGGUGUGCUUCAUUGUUCUCAGUCCUCUUACAAUUGUCUCCUGUUACCUCUGUGUGGUUGGGGCUUCCCAUUAUAUGGUGAAGAGAGGUGUCAGUUGGGAAGCAUCAGGCUUGAUUGUUCUUUCAGUGAUCCUAGCAACUGUCUACUGUGUCUGGCUUGGAGCCACCAUCAGACAUCACGUUCGCACAAUGAAAAAAUGGCAAGAGAGUCACCAGUCUGUUGAAUUGAUUUCAGUCAGGACCACAAUGAUUAAUUUGGAAGAAAACAACAAUGACUGCCCUCCAAUCAACCUUCAGCAGUCAAUGUAGCAGGAACAUAUUUUUAAAAAUGAAGAAUCUACCUCAUGCAUAAUCUCUUUAAUACCCUACAAGCCAAAUCGUUUCGUCUCACUCAAACUGCCUUACAACCUUGCCCAAAUUUUAAUUACAUUUUAUUGUGGUAAUAAUAUUAUGCCAGAUGUUUGUACAUAUAUUAUGUUCCCUUGAUUUUCAGUUGUGUUCCUGUCAAUACUCUAAAACAAGUUACAGGUCACUAUUUGUUUAUUUUGUAUUGAUAAAACAAAAGAUAUACACGCGUUCCUCCAGA